GAGACAGCAUCUUCAGGCUGCGAGGGGCCCCCAGAAGGUUCCAGGACAGAGCAGUACUCGCGAUGCUGCCCUGCCUCCCCCUGCUUCUCCUGAUGGGGCUGUCUGCCGGCACUGUGACAGCUGAUGAGGGACUGGCACUCAGAGCAGAAGCAGAGUCCUGGAUAACCUUGACCCUGGAGGAUGGUGGCAUUCACUUCCAGCUCCAGGAGGUGAAGAGGGGCAAAGCAAGCCAGUUUUUUGGGCUGAUGGGGAAGCGGUUGAGAGGAAUACCUCCUAUCCAGCCAGACAGAAGAACAGCUCCACCACCAGAGCAUCUGCAAGGACAAAUGGUGCAGGGCCUCCUGGGCAGGGCGGUACCAUCUACAGAAGAACUCUUCCCAGGCAGAGAGGAGGAGGAGCAUGGGUCAGAGUAA